UGUGUAACAGAGCCUGGAGCAGGCUCUGAUGUGGCUGGUAUAAAAACAAAGGCUGAGAAGAAAGGAGAUGAGUAUGUUAUUAAUGGUCAGAAGAUGUGGAUCACAAAUGGUGGGAAAGCAAACUGGUAUUUUUUGCUAGCUCGUACCAAUCCAGAUCCAAAAGCUCCUGCAAGCAAAGCCUUUACUGGAUUCAUUGUAGAAGCAGAUAGCCCAGGAAUCCAAAUUGGAAGAAAGGAAAUGAAUAUGGGUCAACGCUGCUCAGAUACAAGAGGUAUUGUCUUUGAAGAUGUGAGAGUCCCAGAAGAAAAUGUAUUAAUAGCUGAGGGAGCUGGCUUUAAAAUCGCAAUGGGAGCUUUUGAUAAGACCAGACCACCCGUAGCAGCUGGUGCUGUUGGAUUAGCAAAAAGAGCACUUGAUGAAGCUACUAGAUAUGCUUUGGAGAGAAAAACUUUUGGGAAAGCAAUUGUUGAACACCAAGCAGUGUCUUUCUUGCUUGCUGAAAUGGCAAUGAAAGUGGAACUUGCUAGGAUGGCUUACCAGAGAGCUGCAUGGGAAGUCGAUGCUGGUCGCAGGAAUACCUACUAUGCUUCCAUUGCAAAGGCAUUUGCUGGUGACAUUGCAAACCAAGUAGCUACAGAUGCAGUACAGAUUUUUGGAGGAAAUGGAUUUAAUACUGAAUAUCCUGUAGAAAAACUAAUGAGAGAUGCUAAAAUCUACCAGAUUUAUGAGGGAACUGCUCAGAUUCAAAGGAUGAUCAUAGCUCGUGAACAUGUUGGCAAAUUUAAGGCUUAAAGGAAUGUAUAAAGUGUGUCUGGCAGUGUUGUAGUGCUCUGUGCUCUCAUGGAAGAGGAUUUUAGUGCCUUUCUCAAUAGAAUUAAAAAGACAUGGAGAAAAAAACGUAAAACAACUUUCCUUCAAAGUCUUCUUAUUCUGGACAUUAUUAAGCACUACUACUGUUCUC